AUCACCAGAAGUUGGAACGAGCUCGAAUCUGUCGGCUGCUGAAACACUCCAACAUCGUGCGUCUCCAUGACAGUAUAUCAGAAGAAGGAUCUCAUUACCUCCUGUUUGACCUGGUGACUGGAGGUGAACUUUUUGAAGACAUUGUUGCCAGAGAGUACUAUAGUGAAGCUGAUGCAAGCCAUUGCAUCCAGCAGAUUGUGGAGGCUGUGCUUCACUGUCACCAGAUGGGGGUCGUGCACCGUGACCUCAAGCCUGAGAACCUGCUCCUGGCCAGUAAGUGUAAAAACGCAGCCGUGAAGCUGGCUGAUUUCGGACUGGCCAUCGAGGUGCAGGGAGAGCAGCAGGCAUGGUUCGGAUUUGCCGGAACGCCAGGAUACCUGUCUCCCGAGGUGCUGCGGAAAGAAGCGUACGGAAAACCUGUGGAUAUCUGGGCAUGCGGGGUGAUCCUGUAUAUCCUUCUUGUGGGGUACCCCCCUUUCUGGGAUGAAGAUCAACACAAACUCUACCAGCAGAUCAAAGCUGGCGCCUACGAUUUCCCCUCCCCGGAGUGGGACACAGUCACCCCCGAGGCAAAGAAUCUCAUCAACCAGAUGCUGACCAUCAACCCGGUCAAGAGGAUCACCGCGCAGGAGGCUCUCAACCACCCCUGGGUCUGCCAACGCUCCACCGUGGCCUCCAUGAUGCACAGGCAGGAGACCGUCGAGUGUCUCAAGAAAUUCAACGCCCGGAGAAAACUCAAGGGCGCCAUACUGACCACCAUGCUGGUCACACGGAAUUUCUCUGGUAAGUAAAACACAUUGGCGUAUAAACCCACCUAAAACAACUGUCUGUGCCUUUCACAAUGCGAGCUUUGAAACCAACCAAUCAGAGUCCAGCUCCUGACAAAGGUGGCGGCUCCUCCCACCCCCUUGUGUGAUUGGCGAUUGAUGGUUGGAGGUCAGGGGUCAGGGAGCUCAUGCAGUCUGCAAGCUGUCACUUGGAGGGGAUGCAGGUUUGCUUGAAUAUAUAUUUGGUGGAAGUAUUUGUCAGGUUGGUUCGAUAUUCUUUCAAACGCUUUUUGUGCCUGGUUCAAUGCAGUUGAAUUUGAUACUUCGUUCAGAUAAGUCUCCUCUGAUUUUUUAGUGCAUUUUACAGGAGAGCUGCUGAUUCCUGGUGCUGUAAAAUGCUCUGUAACACAUUGAGCGUCUCUCAUUACUGUGUAUUUACAGAGCACUUACUCAGUGAAUACAUGUGUGAUUACACAGCAUUACAGUGUUGUCAUGCAUAGUUAGCAUGUACUAAAUGUGUAAAUGUUUUUGGAUAAUAUAUGUAAGUACACAAGUGUAUUCCAAAAAACGGUUAGGGUCAGGGUCCGGA